CCAGCUCCAGGCUGAGUGAUGAUGCUAGGCGGCCGAGUCACUACUAGGGUCCGAAGACAGAGAGUGCGGCGGCGUGCAGGGAGCGGCGGGGACUGAGUCAGGGCCACCAGAGUCCAGGAGACUCGGCCUGCCCACUUGAGCAAUAUGAAGAUUUCAUUCAUAGAGCCCGCCAUUCUCCUUAACGCGUUUGCUAUGACUCUGACCAUCCCGCUGACAGCGCAGUACGUGUACCGGAGGAUAUGGGAAGAAACCGGUAACUACAGCUUUGCUUCCAACAGCAAUGCCCCUGAGUGUGACCAAAACAAAAGCAGCUCCAUCUUUGCGUUCCGGGAGGAAGUUCAGAAAAAGGCAUCUCUCUUCAACCUGCAGGUGGAAAUGAGUGCCUUAAUUCCUGGUCUGGUGUCUACCUUCAUGCUCUUAGCGAGCAGUGACAACCACGGGCGGAAACUUCCCAUGGUCCUGUCAUCUCUUGGCUCUCUGGGUACCAACUCUUGGCUGUGCGUGAUGUGCUACUUUGACCUUCCUCUCCAGCUUCUGAUAGCAUCCACCGUUAUUGGCGCCCUCUUUGGGAAUUACACCACGUUCUGGGGGGCUUGCUUCGCCUACAUUGUAGACCAACAGAAAGAAUACAAGCAUAGAAUCAUCCGGAUAGCCAUCCUGGAUUUCAUGCUCGGAGUCGUUACUGGGCUAACGGGCCUGUCAUCUGGCUAUUUUAUCCGAGAACUGGGUUUUGUGUGGUCCUAUUUCAUCACUUCCGUAGUUCUUAUAGUCAACCUGGCCUACAUUUUAUUUUUCCUCAGUGACCCCAUAAAGGAGUCUUCAUCUCAGAUUGUGACUAUGUCAUGUAUGGAAAGCCUCAAGGACCUAUUUUACCGGACUUAUAGGCUUUUUAAAAAUGGUUCCAGCAAGCGGCAGGCUUUGCUUUGUCUACUGAUUUUUACCCUUGUCAUUUAUUUCUUUGUGAUAAUCGGAAUCGCCCCAGUUUUUACACUUUAUGAGCUGGGCCCCCCGCUCUGCUGGAAUGAGGUCUACAUUGGCUAUGGUUCAGCUCUGGGCAGUGUCUCAUUUUUAAGUAGUUUCCUAGGCAUCUGGCUAUUUUCUUACUGUUUGAAGGAUAUUCACAUCGCCUAUAUUGGCAUUUUUACCACCAUGGUGGGGAUGAUGCUGGCUGCUUUUACCAGGACCACUCUAAUGAUGUUUUUAGUCAGGAUUCCGUUCAUUUUCACCAUCAUGCCACUUUCCAUCCUGAGGUCCAUGCUGUCAAAGGUGGUCCACUCAACUGAGCAAGGUGCGUUGUUUGCUUGUAUAGCUUUCUUAGAAACGCUGGCUGGAGUCACUUCGACCUCUGCGUAUAAUGGGAUUUACUCAGCCACUGUUGCCUGGUACCCUGGCUUCAUCUUUCUGCUGUCCGCUGGCCUCCUGGUCCUCCCAGUUAUCAGUCUAUGCUGCGUCAAGAGCAUUGGCUGGGAAGAGGGAAGCUAUACACUCCUCGUCCACGAAGAGCCCAGUGAGCAGACAUCAGACUAGUGACAGUCGGCAGCCAUGUACACGUCCCUGUGCACAAUUCCUGAAGACUAUAAACUCCACAAUCAGCAUUUCAUCAGCAAUCCACGGGACAAAACCCUGUCUCCUAACCCAAGUGGGUCGGGAGAAAGGUACCUAGCUCUGCUGCCUCUGGGGUCACCCAGCAGUACACUGUGUUCUUCAGAGAACAGACCCAGUAUCUACCGUGCUCACUUCUCCACGGACCAGAGAAACCCCGAGGAGAGCAAAGGAAGGCUUGUGAACCUUGCUAAAACUUGAAGCAAUAACUUCACUGGCAUGCUCCAGUCUCCCAUGUGAUUAAGGAGUUCUGACCUCAGUCUCUCCAUCUGCACAAUGGGCUUGCUGGCCUCUCAGGGAUUUUGAAGACAUGAGGAAUUUUUAUUCAGAAUAAUCACUGUUGAAAUAAUGUUUCAGGCAUUUCUAGUUCUUCCCGUACUUGACUGAUGUCUUAAGAGCCUGUCAAGGCUCUACUAAUGGAAUGAAAAGUCCUUGAACAGAAGUACCUUUUAAAAUAUGUGGUUUUCAUUUUUCCUAGUAUUUUAUUCACUGACAAGCCUGACGAUGCUUUUAUGUGUAAUGAAGGGAGUGGGUAGAAAAAUCAGAUUAUAAAUAAAAUUGUCAUAAACUU